AGCACUAUCUCUAGGGAAGCUCGUCUCGCAGCUGGUCGUCAAAGUAAGCGUGUUCGCCUUUCGUUUUCGUUCUACGCAAUACCGGUCACGCGGCCACGAGUGAGAGUACGCGAUGCCAGGGCUUGCCACAGUCACCGCCGACGACGGUGCUGUACCUCGAUCACUUACUGCAUCUGGAACUGUCACGGCGAGUACAGAGGGCAAUAGCGGCGGACGAUGGAUCAAUGUUAGCCGAGAUGGCAAGCUUGUCUUCAAGAAGUCCGCGUUUCCUCACUCCUGACGUUCAUGGGCCGAACAGCCACCUCGACCGAUUCGACCAACGUUUCAGAAAGUACCUAAUGCAAGUCUGCACCAAGAGAACAAGCGGUGUCAUGACUUCAUAGAGUGGCUGGAAAGAAAGGUGGAAGAUCAAGAGAAGAGAAUUGUUCAUGCAGAGAUGGGACGAGCUGAGGAUCGAAAAAGAGCUGCCGACGACUUGAAGGAACUAAAACAGCACAACAGAAGGGCGGUGACCGACUUUGGUUGUGCCACAGCGGAGAAAAAAGAAUACGAGAAGAAGAUGAGGGUGGCUGAAGACAAGCGGGCCUCGCUUGAACAGCGUGAGGAAACUUUGAAGACUGAAAAGAUGAAGCUCAAGCAUCUUCAAGUAAAGUCCAAGACAUUCCAAGACCUCUCUGAUGCGGUCGUGGCUAUGGGCGCCAAAAUGGAGAAAGCAAGUCGUGAUAUGAAGAAUUCAGCAGCACGCAAGAGCACUCCGCAAUCGGCCUUCGACAAGUGGGAGAGACAGUAUUGUGAAUCAAGCAUCCGGCUCGUUCAGCUCAACGAGCAGCUCAAACAAGAGCGAGACAGGAACCGAGAAGAGCACGCCGCGUUGACCAAGACUUUACAAGAGCAAGAGAUCUCACACA